AAAGAUGGGGUCUUCAACUUCUCCGGCACCAACCUUAUCUCGCACGGCCUCCUUCUAAGAAAACACUUUGCCGCCGCCCUUGGAGCAGCACACAGCCUCAACUUUGAGGCCGGAGACAUGGCCACGAGGUGCCUCGACGGGCCGAACGUCCCUCGACUGGACGAUCGGGUAUUCGACUCGGCUAUGCAAGCCUUCAACGACCUGGCCGCCCGACCUCGGAUCCAGCACGUCUGCUCGCGCGUCGACUGCGCGCACCUCUACACGUGUGAGGUGGAGAUGGCGGAGGCGGAGGCUCGGAUGGCUGGCACCCCCCUGAGGCCGGAGCGAACGGAGAGGCCGAGCUCCGAGCUGUCGACCUACGCUUUUGGGCGGGACAAGGUCGUCACCUUCGACGGCACCUUCUUCGCCAACUCAAGCGCGAUGCGAGACUCUGAGACGGAGGCAUCUCUGCACAGCAUCUGCGAGCCGGAUCCAGGAGCACCGAGGGUUGCUGGGGGCUUCACUCCUCUUAGCGUUGGCGGGGUGCGGCCAUCUGACGUGCCGUUGGAGGGGAUCGACUGCCCUUGGAAGUACCGGAACGGCCUCUCAAAGCUACGGCCGGCAAUACGGGCGCUGGCGCUUCGUUGGUGCAACUUUCGCAAGGCCCCGGCCCAAGGGAGCAACGCGCCUUUGAUGACGGAGGAGUUCGUCGCCAUGCGGGAGAGGCUUCCGGCCAACGUUGCCGCUCUGGUCGACCUCGUGACCGAGUCGAGGGCUUGUGCGGACCCCGCCACGUGUGCCGUCUGCCAGGGGGUCCCGAGGCGGCCCUGGAUGCAGGGGUUUUUUAAGGAUGGGCCGGUGGGGCCGACCGGUUGGUGCCCCACGCACUUCCAGCCGUAUGGAGCCCUUCUCCACGCGCUGCUCAUCCUUCGCUACUCGUGGGUGUUUGGGCGCAUUGUCACCCUGAAGUUGUUGAGACACGUGUUGCUGGAGGGGCCUCUCGAUGCGCGAGGGAUGGCAUUUCUCUCCAACGACGGCCCCAUGUUGGCGGCCGUCCUGCGCCUCUAUCCAAUCGCCGGCGGACAGUACGCCUUUCCGGCGGCGCUCCGCCCACUUGUGCGCGACAUCUAUGCCACGAACCUCCUCUGCUUUGAGCCGAGUGCAAACCGACCGGGUCCGGCCUUGCGAUCGCCACUGGCCGCCCUCCAUGAUGCGACCGAGCACCUCUGGGCAACUGAAGGCGAGAAGCUGAGGCUUGCGGGUCAGCUAGAGGGGGCGGCCAUGGAGUAUGCCGAGCAGCGUGGGGCGGCAUUGAAGGGGGCGGCCAACUCGCUCCUGUUCGAGCUCGAAGUUCGAGAGCCCCAGUGCUACGAAGAGGGCGGCUUCCUUCGAGCGCCGUCGGCGACUUACACGGAGCGGGUCGCCGCUGUCUCGACCUACUCCUUCCACCCCCUGCUUUACGGCCGGCCUCGAUUCGUCGAUUGGGAGGAUGAGGAGGGCCGCGGAAAGAAGUCGACGGAGGAGCGGCUCGCCCAACACUGCAGCACGCCCAAUCCGCGAUCGUCCAAGGGCCGUGCCGGGACAUUUAUUGCGUGCUGCCAAGACCGGGCGCCCCUUGACUUCCACUGGCUCAAGGGCGGCGAGUCGGUGUCGGACCUUGGUACGGUGCUCCUGACGCGGUUUCCAUUCAAGACGCUGCGGGGCAUGACCGUCGUGGAGGACGCUUCGUGCAACGCGCAAGAGUGGUUGCUGAACCGGGUGCCCCAGAUGGCCAAGUAUGUCUGUUUUGUUGUAGAUAGAUUCCAUAGUGGGCCCGUGAGCUGCGCUCCAUCCGGGGCGAAGCGCUAUGCGACGCACACAUGCGCGCCGACGCUCUUCAUCGACUCUUUUUUGCAACACUGCCACACGAUCACGACGGCCUCGGAGGGCAUCAACUCUGGGCUGAAGAGGUGCACGGCGAGCCUUCAGCAGAUCACGAGCAUCAAGCGGCUGUUGAGCAGAGUCACCACAAUCCUCGACACGUUGUUUUCAAGAGCGAUCAAAGUACGCAGUGUACUUGAGCAAUACUAG